AGUCAUAGUGGUAGGAAGAGGAAGCACCUAGCUUUGAGGCCAGGGCUGGCUGUUGUCAGAACCUAGGCCCUCCCCUGCCUUGCUCCACAUCUGGUUAGGGGAGAGAGGGGAGGAAAGCCAAGGGAAGGCACCUAGCUGAAAACAAACAAGUUGGGCGAAGCAGGAAUCCGCGCUCAGGUUCUGCAGAUGCAGAGGUUGAGGUGGCUGCAGGACUGGAAGUCAUCGGGCAGAGGUCUCGCAGCAGCCAAAGAACCUGGGGCCCGCCCCUCCCCCCUCCAGGCCAUGAGGAUUCUGCAGUUAAUCAUGCUUGCUCUGGCGACAGGGCUCGUAGGGGGAGAGACCAGGAUCAUCAAGGGGUUCGAGUGCAAGCCUCACUCCCAGCCCUGGCAGGCAGCCCUGUUCGAGAAGACGCGGUUGCUCUGUGGGGCGACCCUCAUUGCCCCCAGCUGGCUCCUGACAGCAGCCCACUGCCGCAAGCCCCGCUACAUAGUUCACCUGGGGGAACAUAACCUCCAGAAGCAGGAUGGCUGUGAGCAGACCCGGACAGCCACUGAGUCCUUCCCCCACCCCGGCUUCAACAACAGCCUCCCCAACAAAGACCACCGCAAUGACAUCAUGCUGGUGAAGAUGGCGUCGCCAGCCUUCAUCACCUGGGCUGUGCGACCCCUCACCCUCUCCUCACGCUGUGUCACCGCUGGCACCAGCUGCCUCAUUUCCGGCUGGGGCAGCACGUCCAGCCCCCAGUUACGCCUGCCUCACAGCUUGCGAUGCGCCAACAUCACCAUCAUUGAGCAUCAAAAGUGUGAGAACGCCUACCCCAACAACAUCACAGACACCAUGGUGUGCGCCAGCGUUCAGGAAGGGGGCAAAGACUCCUGCCAGGGUGACUCCGGGGGCCCUCUGGUCUGUAACCACUCUCUUCAAGGCAUUAUUUCCUGGGGCCAGGAUCCGUGUGCGAUCACCCGAAAGCCUGGUGUCUACACGAAAGUCUGCAAAUACGUGGACUGGAUCCAGGAGACGAUGAAGAACAAUUAGAGUGGACCCACACACCACAGCCCAACACCCUCCAUUUCCACUUGGUGAUUGGUUCCUGUUCCCUCUGUUAAUAAGAAACCCUAAGCCAAGACCCUCUAUGAACAUUCUUUGGGCCUCCUGGACUACAGGAGAUACUGUCACUUAAUAAUCAACCUGGGGUUUGAAAUCAGUGAGACCUGGAUUCAAAUUCUGCCUUGAACUAUUGUGACUCUGGGAAUUAUAACAUCCGGUUUGUUCUCUGUUGUAUCCCCAACCCCAAAGACAGCUCCUGGCCAUAUAUCAAGGUUUCAAUAAACACUUGCUAAAUGAGUGAA